GAUAUCAAUGAGUGCAAGCGUGGCAAUGGUGGCUGUCAUCAGCAAUGCAUGAAUACCCAAGGAAGCUACUACUGUAAAUGCAAAACAGGGUUCAAAAUACCGUCAUACGACAGAAGUGGAAGGAGCUGCAUUGGUAAGCAAGGAAAUGAAAUCAUUUACAUUCCAUAAACAGACACACGCACAACGAGCCUCAGGUUUUUUGAAAACUGCAUUAUCUCUAACGAAACACUUGUAGACACAAUGUUAUAAUUACCACCUUUAUUAUUAUUAUUAUUAUUAUAUUAUUAUUGUUGUUGUUGUUGUUGUUGUUGUUUUUCAAAAAUAACGAAAAUGAAAUAGAGUAGCGUUUUGUUACAUUGAGUGUCACGGCGUUAAGACCUCAAGACGGUCAUUCAAAUUGUCAAGUUCAAUUUUUCCCAUAAGUUUUAGGGGUCCAUCAUUUUACAGAGUUUAGUGGUGGUUAAGAGGUGGUUGCGGUGGUAGUAGUGGUAGUAGCGGUAGUAGUAGCUACAGGAAAAUGCAAGACGUGUUCUUUAUAUAUAAAUAUACAUGUCAUUCAGUACAACGGCCAAAGCAAACAUUUAAAUUUUAACCGUAAUCAUAGUUUGUACCCAAUACAGAUAUCAAUGAAUGUGAAGAUAAGAACGGUGGCUGUCAUCACGAAUGUGUAAACACCCAAGGGAGCUUUUCUUGCAAAUGCAAAACAGGAUUCUUCCCAGUAUGGUUCGGCAGAAACCUCUGCCUUGGUAAGCAACGGAAAGAUUGGGAUUGUUAAAGAUACAUCCGUUUAAUGUUGGAUACUUCAAGGAUGGCAAUUACAUUAACAACACUUACCUGAUUGUUACAUGACUUAAAUAUGUAGUACUGUUUAAGAUAGUGGUAGUGGAAGUGGUAACUUGACACCAGGCACAACUUAAGUAACCCUCAUACAUUCUCACUGAAAUUGAUCAUUACUAUCUUAAGAAUGCUCGACAUUUUAUUUGAUAGGACUGAGUAUCGUUUGCAUAUCAUAAUUCUUGAUAUGAAACGAAAGCCGAAUUCAAUUAGUGUUUUAUUCAUUCAAUCUAUUAAACUACUGUAAGUGUACAAGCCCAAGACAUGCCUACAUAGAAUGUUAAAUUCCCCGUCUUCAAAAUAUUUGUCUGAAUCUCGCAAUUUUCGUCAUGCGCAAUUCUCGUCAUUCGUCAUUCCAGUAGAAAUUUUUGAGCAUUUUCGCUUCAGUUGUGAGGCCGCAGUAUUUCCGACUAUUUUGUUUAAGCUUAUCGUGUGAAAUCUCCCACCAUUUUCCCAACUCUGCGGCUUCAAAACAACCGACCCACAGCGCCUCUACUUUGUUCCUUUUUCAGUCUUCUAGCUUACUAUUGACGUUUAUUGUAUAAGAUGCAAGCAAAGAUCUUUCAAAUUUAGGUUAACGUUAGCUGGCUAUUAAAAACAAGCCAUGGGAUGUAUGCCAAUCAGAAAGGGAGAAAAUUUUAUAUAUAUAUAUAUAUAUAUAUAUAAACAGUUGUAUAUAAGUUCGAGGUUCUUAUUUUUCCUUCUCUACAAAGAAAGAACAAGCCUUUCUUAUUGCAGAGCAGUGCAUCAUACUGUGCCAAUUUGAUUUCUCGCACAGAUGUAAAUGAAUGUCACCAGAAGUUUAAAGGCGACUGCAGCCAUGAAUGUGUCAAUACUCGAGGAAGCUACUAUUGUAAGUGUCCAAAUGGAUUCCUAAUGUCACAAGACAACAAGACUUGUAAAUGUUUAAAAGGUUUCCAGGAGUCGGAAAACAGGACCAUGUGCUUGGGUAAGUAG